CCGAAUCUCAAAGCUCACAAAUUUCUCAUUCACACAAAAGCACCAAAACAACUCAAAGAUCUCCGAUUCAGACUCUUUCUCCAUAACUCUUUACUUUCCAAAACCAAUUAUAUAUAUUUAUAUAUUCUAAAACACUGCAAAGAAAGGAAAAGAAACCAAGAAAAAAAUUUGGGCUUGCUUUUUUCAUGCCUUUUGACCGAAUCGCGGACGACGAUUUCUGGGUUCGCUCAGGUUCUCAAAGCUCCAAUCUUGUGUUUCUUUUUGGUGGGGAGUCAAUACUAUUCCGUAUAGUACUUUCUCGUGCUUUUUGGGAUGCUUGAUUUGGUGAAAAGGUGCGGUCUUUGAUUGGCUCUAGGACGUACGCUUUGUUUCGUGUUUUUAAGUAUCUGGGUUGGUGCGCUUGAUGCGAAUAAAGGAGCUUUUGGAGCUUCACAGAGCUGAGUUUGGUCUAAGUUCAUAGCUGGGGAUUGGGAAUUCUGUGAAGCUUAAGGUCAACCAAACUAAGUUCACUUAGACUUCAAUCGCAGUAAGGUUAAAUUCUGGGAUUGCGAUGGGCUGUGAGUGUUCCAAGCUGUCGGCGUGUUGGUUGGGUCCGGAACAUAACGGACCUGUUGCUGAGACACACAGCAUUGAAAACGAGGAGACGAGUGAAGUUGGUGAUUUGCCCACAUUUCGUGAAUACACAGUUGAUCAACUUAGUCAGGCUACAUCUGGGUUUGCAACGGAGAAUAUAGUUUCUGAACAUGGGGAAAAGGCUCCAAAUGUGGUCUACAAAGGGAAGCUUGAAAAUCAAGUGCGGAUUGCUGUCAAACGAUUCAAUAGAUCAGCUUGGCCUGAUGCUCGGCAAUUUUUGGAAGAAGCCCGGGCUGUUGGUCAGCUCCGGAACCAUAGACUGGUAAAUUUACUUGGUUGUUGCAGUGAAGCUGAUGAGAGGUUACUUGUUGCAGAAUAUAUGCCCAAUGAUACAUUAGCAAAGCACUUAUUUCAUUGGGAAACACAACCUAUGAAAUGGGCGAUGCGAUUAAGGGUUGCUUUGCAUCUUGCACAAGCUCUAGAAUAUUGUACUAGCAAAGGACGCACCCUCUAUCAUGAUCUGAAUGCUUAUAGAAUUGUCUUCGAUGAUGAUGGAAACCCGAGACUUUCAUGCUUUGGUUUGAUGAAAAACAGUAGAGAUGGGAAAAUUUACAGUACAAACCUGGCAUUUACUCCUCCUGAGUAUUUAAGGACAGGAAGAGUUACACCUGAAAGUGUAAUGUAUAGUUUUGGCACUCUUUUGCUUGAUCUUCUCAGCGGAAAGCAUAUACCUCCAAGUCAUGCACUUGACCUAAUACGGGACAGGAAUCUUCAAAUGCUUACUGAUUCUUGUUUGGAAGGCCAGUUCUCAAAUGAUGAGGGGACUGAAUUAGUACGUUUAGCUUCGCGAUGUUUACAGUCUGAGCCCCGAGAGCGUCCAAAUGCAAGGUCUUUAGUUGCUGCUUUGAUUCCUCUUCAGAAGGAAACUGAGGUCCCAUCUCAUGAAUUGAUGGGUAUACCACAUGGUGAUGCAUCCGCUCUAUCACCACUUGGUGCAGCUUGCCUAAGAAUGGAUUUGACUGCUAUACACGAGAUCUUAGAAAAGCUUGGGUAUAAGGAUGAUGAGGGUGCAGCAACUGAGCUCUCAUUUCAAAUGUGGACCAACCAGAUGCAGGAAACAUUGAACUCAAAGAAAAAGGGUGAUGUUGCUUUCCGGCAUAAAGAUCUCAAAGUUGCAAUUGAAUGCUACACCCAGUUCAUUGAUGUUGGAACCAUGGUUUCCCCGACGGUUUUUGCACGCCGUAGUCUAUGUUACCUCAUGAGCGAUAUGCCACAGGAAGCUCAUAAUGAUGCAGCGCAUGCCCAAGUAAUAUCCCCCGUCUGGCAUAUUGCUUCCUAUUUACAAGCUGCUGCUCUUUUUGCAAUGGAAAGGGAGAAUGAAGCUCAAGCAGCGAUCAAAGAGGGUUCUGUCCUUGAAAAAAAAAAGAAUGCAAAUGCUUGAGAUUAAUGAAGGUUGAUAUUCCUUCUGUUGAAUAGCUCUUUUUCCUGAAGAUAGAGCACCGAAGAGCAGACACAGGCAUCUCAAUUUUUGCGGAAAAAAUGAUCAGAGGUUUUAACAACCUGAAGCAGACCUUAAGGUUGAACUUGAAUGGAGAGAAAUGGUCCCUUUCAAUUGUUUACAUGUCUGGUUCGUCGUUGUCAUCUUGAAGCAUUCUUUUGCAACAUUAUUGGAUCGGUUGGUUUAGUGAGUUUGCUGGGAGUAUUGGAGACACACUUCCAUGCUUAUGUAAUCACAAGCCUGCCUCAUUUGUUCUUUACUGACUUUUCAAAUACAACAACAUUGGGAAAUAAUUAAGAUGAUAUGGACCAAAUUAUAUGUUUGUAAAGGAUUCAACUGUUGUUUUGAGUUGGAUUCAAAGGGUGAAAUAGAAGAUGCUGUUGCCAUGCUUGUAAUUUAUGUACAGUGCAAUUGGUUAUGGCUGCUCUGACUAAAAUUAUGUUUUUGUAUUCUAUUAUUUUUCCCUUCCUAAUAAAAUUAUUGCUUUAUCGUGGAGUUGAUAUUUAGCUUAAUCA